UAUAAAGUUCAGGAGGAAUACAUCUGAUCAAGUUAUUAGGAGGAAGCAUCAUGUUCAAGAAGUUCUCCGUGGAGUGGUUGUCCCAGAGCUUCCAUGCACAAGAUCUGGAGCAGGAGAAAUGCGUCAAAUUAAUUGCAUGUGCUCCUGAUGCCUUCAGUGGUGCUCCUCAAGCAUCUUCAGAAACGCUUGGAGAAGGAGAAACCAAGGCCCCGUCUUCUCCUACAAACAGCUGUGGCUACACCUCGGCCUCUGAGAGCGAUGAGAGCGAGGGAGAAUCCGCGUCGCAGCGGCGCGUCAGAACCAAGUUCAGCUCGGACCAGAUCUCGCGUCUGGAGAAGACCUUCAGCAAACACAAGUACCUCGGCGCGAGUCAGAGACGCAGAACAGCGGAGAAGCUGCAGCUGUCGGAGACACAGGUACUUGAGGUGAACACACGAGGUGCUCAGACUCGCUGGCGCCUGGAUAUCACAAGUGCGCCGAACGUGUGA